AUGGGUCGAGAAGUGGAAAACCUUAUCAAGGAAAAUAUGGAGUUACUCGAUAUGAAAAAUGCCUUGAAUAUUGUCAAGAAUGAUCUCAUCGCUCGAGUUGACGAAUUGAGCAGUGAGAACGCCAUCCUUCGCGAUGAGGUACAUAGCCUCGAAAUGGUACGGGUAAAAAUGGGUGACACGAUAACGAAGCUCGAAGAGGAAGUGAAGACAGUCAAGCAAAAACUGGCUGAAAAGGAGGCUGAAGCUGAGGAGGAGGAAGUUCCAUUGGCACAGCGAAAGAGGUUCACUCGUAUGGAGAUGCAAAGGGUUCUCAUCGAUAGGAAUAUGUAUAAA